AUGCAAGCUUUUUUGAAGACUGGAAAGUUGUCAACAAAUGAUAAGCCAUCUGCUUCAGGCACUAAAACCGCUAAAAAGAAACCGCCAGCACCUUGGGUAGAAAAAUAUCGACCGAAAACAAUCGAUGAUAUUGUAGACCAGGGUGAAGUCGUGCAAGUUUUGAGAGAAUGUUUAUCGGGAGGAGAUUUGCCACAUUUGUUAUUUUAUGGCCCUCCUGGGACAGGUAAAACGAGUGCUAUUCUUGCUGCAGCGAGACAACUUUUUGGAGAUAUAACACGGGACCGUGUACUAGAACUAAAUGCUUCUGACGAACGUGGAAUACAAGUUAUCAGGGACAAAGUGAAGUCUUUUUCUCAGCUUACUGUCAGCAACACAAGACCAGAUUGCAGACCAUGUCCACCUUAUAAGCUGGUUAUUCUGGAUGAGGCCGAUUCUAUGACUACAGCUGCACAGGCUGCUCUUCGUCGUACUAUGGAAAGAGAGACUCGUACUACUCGAUUUUGUCUUAUUUGUAAUUAUGUUUCGAGAAUUAUACCACCCAUCACAAGUAGAUGUUCUAAGUUCCGAUUCAAACCCCUUACAAGGGAAAAUGUUAUUAAGAGAUUACAAGAAGUUUGUAAUGCUGAAGGAGUCGAUAUUGGUGAUGGUGAAGUAUUGCAACAAGCAGUACAUACAUGUGAUGGAGAUUUGCGAAGGGCUCUCACUGCUCUUCAGUGUUGUCAACGUUUAUUAGGAAAAGUAACUGCUGAAGGCUUAAUAGAGGUUACAGGUUUGGUUCCAGAUACAUUGGUCAAUGAAUACUUAAGUAUUAGGAAUUAUAAUGUUUUGGAACAAUUUGUUGCAAAGUUUUUAAUGGACGCGUACUCCGCGUCGCAGCUUUUGGAACAAUUGAGCGCAACGGUAGUUAAUGCAGGUCAUUUAACAAAUAAGCAGAAGUGUGCAAUCAGUGAGAAGAUUGCAGUUUGCUCUCAUCGUCUGUUAGAUGGCGGUGCCGAAUUCAUGCAACUCACUGAUUUGGGAUGUUCUAUAAUUAUGGCCAAUGACAACCCG